AUGGACGCGCUCAGACAGCUGGUGGUGCUAUGCGUGUGCGGCGCGGCGCUGGGCGAGCCGCUAGGCGAGGCGCUGCGGCGCUACAGCCGGCACGGUGUGUACGCGGGCGAGUACUCGCGCGGCUACUCGCCCUACAUGUACGCCGCCGUGCCGCUGCACGCGCCCGUCCCCGUGCUGCGCGUGCUCACCUCGGCGCCGCUGCUCCCGCGAGACCCCGCCCUCGCGCCCUCCGCGCACUCCCCCGUGUACGCGCGCGCGCCCUACGACGACGACCAAGACGACUACGACGAGCCGCAGCAGUACGCGGCGUACGCGCACCGCUACCAGACGCCGCAGUUGUAUGCGGCCGCGUCCAGCGCGCCCGAGGAUCCCGCGGUGCUGUACGCGCGGCCCACGGCGCACGGCGGCUACACGUACCACAGCGCGCCGCACAAGCCGGCCGGCAAGCGCGCGCCCGCCGACCUGCCCUACAUCAUCCGCGUGCACAAGUACAAGAUCGUCAAGGACCGGUAGUCGCCACGCCGCCAAGCUGCCCACCUACUCAUUAUUAUAUUUAUUACAAUGUUUUCUAAUAAUCAGCGUGUAAAUACAUACCUACUUAAUUAUAAUCUACCGAAUAGUUCAUGUAACUUGCUUAGAUAUUUAGUUUCUACAUUUAGUUUCCUUUGUAAAACUAAUCUUUUGUAGAGUGUAAGUUUUAUUAAUAGCAUUAAAUAUGUUGGUGUUUUCUGUGCUUCCUUUGACUGCAGUACCUGCCAUGAUGAAGUCGUCAAAUGCUUACUAGUUAUCCCAUCGCACGAUAGCGAAAACAUUGUCGCAGUAGUACUUACCUAUGCAUGAUAGUUAUGCAGUUCGAAAAAGACAAUAAUUAUAAUGUACAGCAUUGAAAGGUACUGAGUUUAAAGAGAGCGCGGUUAAAAUACUAAUAUGGUGAAAGUUA